CCCGAGAUCAAACUCGUUCGAGCUCUCGAGGAGGCAACAACAACCGCUCCAAAGCACUAGGAGAUAAUAUUCCCGAAACGCUAUCUUCCCAUCGUCCCAUUCGUGCGUUCGUUCGUUCGUUCGUUCGUUCCGUCGUUCGUGGUCGAGCCCCCGGUAAGCCGAACAACCAGCUCGCUCGCUCGGCUAGUUGCGCGCCAAAGUCCGAAGAGAGCAGUUCAAAGGAGCAACCGCAGCAAGUGCACGUGAACUCGCGGAUCAUCGAGCAAGGGUUGAAAGUGAAAAUUACGUGCCUUAAAAAAAACGUUACCGAUUUUGUGCCUCUGUGCUAUGCCUUUAACAACGAAGAUUACUAUCGGUGAAAAGUGAAGUGAUUUUGGCCGCUUUUGUGCCAGCAAAUCGUGCAGAACACACAACACAGAGCAGAGUGUGCUAGUGUGUGCCUUGAGUGUGGAAAAUAUUUGAAAGUGCGAAGCAGGCCGCCAAACAACGAAAAGGCUGCCCCACCAGAGCCAUCAGUGCCAACUCGGAUAAUAUACCAGCAGAAACACACAGAAAACAGUGCAAAAUGGUUACAGGAGUCGGUGCCACGCAACAGGUAGCCGGUUCGCCAGCAACCACACAGAUCCCACCGGCCGAGCCGGUCAAGCGCUCCAGCUCAGACAAUCGCAGGAGCAACAAACCGAUCAUGGAGAAACGGCGUCGCGCUCGCAUCAAUAACUGCCUGAACGAGCUGAAAGCGCUGAUCCUCGACGCUAUGAAAAAAGACCCGGCACGUCACUCGAAGCUGGAGAAGGCCGACAUCCUGGAGAUGACGGUAAAGCACCUGGAAAACCUGCAGCGCCAGCAGAGCGCAAUGUCGCAGGCGACCGAUCCGAGCGUGAUGAACAAGUUCAAGGCCGGGUUCAACGAGUGUGCCCAGGAGGUUGGUCGCUUCCCAGAGAUCGAUCCGCUGGUCAAGCGCCGGCUAAUGCAGCACCUCAGCAACUGCAUCAACGGCGUCAAGACGGAGACACUGUCGAAGCGCCACCAUCAUGCGCAGAGCUCACCGGCCGGUUCGCAGGCCCCGCUUCACAUUCUGCCCUCGCCACCGAGCUCACCCGAGCAGCACCAUCACCAUUACGGUGCGGCCACUACCUCGAGUGCAUCGGGAACUCCCCAUCACCAUCUGCCCCUCAGUGCCAUCCAGACCGGUAACGGUAGUGUGUACAUGACGAACGGUGUCGGUGGUUCGAGCGUCCAGCUGAUCCCGACCAAGCUCCCCAACGGUAGCCUGGCGUUCGUGUUGCCCCAGAGUGCACCGGUUGCACCCGUACCGAUGCUCGUCCCUAUCCCAACCCGUACCGCCUCGACUGGAUCUGCUUCGUCGAGCCACUCCGGAUCGUCAUCGUCGCUGUACGAUCGCGUUUCGCGCGAACACGCUACCUCACCGUACCAUGCGCCACCGAGCCCGGCCAACUCCAACUACGAACCGAUGGAGUGCCAAUCGGUACAACCGCACCACCAGUACUACCUCCAGCAGCAGCAGCAACAGCAGCAGCAGCAACAGCAGCAACAGCAACAGCAACAACAGUCGUUCAGCACCUCCAGCACCACGAGCAGCAGUAGCAGCAGCAGCAGUGGUAGUCCCGAUAGCCCACUGUCGCUGGUCAUGAAGAAGCCCUACCACGACGAUGUCGACGAAGACGAUCAGGAUAUGAAGCAGGAAGAUGACGAUGGUAAGGCUUGCUGGCGACCCUGGUAAAUCUCAUCAUCGUGGUGCGCCAAGCCCAAUUCCGGAGUCAUGAACACAACAGUACCUAAAGUGAAGUUUGGAGUGAAAUCGGCCAAGUAUAGUUUGCUGCAGUGCAGUGUGUAUCGCCGUCAUCGCCACCGUCACCACCGUCACCACCGACACGAGGCUGCAGUGAUCGAUGUGCACUCGACCUUCCCCUCUGCCAGUGCCCCUGAUCUGCUCGCUAGUCAUACGGUUUUCCGUGAUCGAGGAAAGCUAUGCAUCUUAGUGUGUGAUCCGCGCUGCGCUCGUAGAGAAGAGUGACGAUCAAGAUCCUGUGCUGGUGUGUGUGUGUCAGUGUGUGUGUCCGUUGUGAGUGUACGGUGGACAGAGGGACCAAUCAACGACAAUAACUACUACUACUACUACUAUUACUACUACUACUAGAACCGUGAUGCUGUGACUAGCGUUUAAGGACAAACUAAUGAGGGAAAUAACGAGUGCGUGUGUGUCAUAGAAGAAGGGGGGGGGGGG